AAUUCAUUUAGGUAUUUAUUCAAUAAAAGUUACUUUUGUAUUAGAAUUUUUGAAGCUGCUAUAAAUAUUUUGAUAAAAUAAAUAUCUUUUAAAAUGUUGAAACUGCAAAUAUGUAAUGAGAGAGAUCGUAAGGAAGCACAGAAUAGAGAGCGAAGAAGGCAAUGCGAACUUGAGAGAAGAUCCAGAAUUUUUAAUGCUAGGAAUAGAAAAAUUGGUGUGGACGUUCCUUUCUUAGAGCGUCAAAUAGCAGAGAAACAAGUAGAACAUGAUGAACAGCGGCGUCGAGAUCUCGCGUUCGCGCAGCAGAUGAUCAAGGACAGCAAUCUUGCCGUGGUACUAGAAGCUAGAGAGAAUGAGGAGCGCCGUCGGAUCGGUGUGGAAAUUGACCAGUUUCGACAAAAGUACCAACGCCCAGAAGACCGCCGCGAAUUUGAUUUAAAUGACCCUGAUGUUCUAAAGAAGCAGUUGCCUCCAAGAACUUCGGAUGGAGAGCCGGUGGGCUUGUCUAGUGCUCAAAAGUUUGAGGGUGAGGAUCUGGCUUUUGAGGAGCGCCGGAAGAUAAUGGCAGCGCAAAAGAAUUCAUGGCUCGAGCAACAAGUUCAAGAGAGGAAGGCAGCUGAAGAAGAAAGAAAAAAGGCCGAAGCCGCUUACAUGAUGGCCAUAAAAGCUCGUGAUGAACGUGCCAGCGAACUGGACAAGUUGGAACGUGAAUGUCGCUACAGAUUGGGCCAAGCCAAUUUACGCUACAAUGAGGCUCUGGCAGCGGAAAAGAAACAACUGGAGCAGAUAAUGAAAGAGCAAGAAGAAGCAGACAACACAGCAGAAAUGUACAACAACCUCACUUCGGAUAUGCUCACAGAGAAUCCAGACGUUGCCAAGAGCGCCCUUGGCAAAAACAGAGCUAUUGGCUUUAUGUACAAAGGGAUGAAUCAGGAGGAACUCAAGAAAUUCUACGCAGCACAAAAGGAACAAAUGGCGGCAGCUAAGGCUAAAAGAGAUGAACAAGACAAAAUGGACGCUGAAUGGCAAGCCUUGGCCAAAUCUAUACAAAGAGAAGUCGCGCGCCAAGACAUCGCCAAUCAAAGAACAAGAAGAGACAUCGCCCGUCAGCUCAUGGAGGAAAACCAGCUGCUGGCUCUACAACAGAAGGAAAAGGAAAAAUAUUACCGCGAUGUAAUGUACAACAACAUACCAACAGACGAUUAUUACUCACAGUUCAACACGACCACUAGAUAAAAAAAAAUAUCAUAUAAUAUCUAUACAUGUAGAUAUUCUGAAUAGGGGUUUUUGCACACGAAGGAAAAUUGCCAGUCACUUCACAGCGGACAUGAUACGAACCUUAGGUACACGGGCAGUCUAAUACUUAAAGUAUUACAUACUAGAUCAUAGACAUACCCAGAAAGAGAGUGGGGGACAGCAGCUGAUGAUUAUAUUUGUUACAAUAUAUUACGCAUAAAAAACUACGACCAGACCUAUUAUAAUAUUUGACUUACUAAUUAAUACAUAUUUGACGUCUGCACCAGGAGAAAAACUAACUUGCCAUUCGGCCGAAAGCAAACUUCCUCCCCUUGGUUUAGAUGGGUACGCUCCUGUGUUGCAUAACUGUUUUCAAAGAUACCUAACAAUUUCAUGUUGCUUGCUGUUAAUAUGGCAUUAUAUACCAGUAGUUUAUUGGCAUUAUAACAAAUAUGUAGUUGUCGUUACAAAAUAAUUUAGAAAUUUUGGCCCCAAUUGGUCUAUUUAAAAUGUUCAUGUGAAGGGACUUUUACGGAAUACAAUUCUGUUCUAUUUAGGCAGAUAACAACGUGUGUACAGCGCCUGCCCUAACAUGUAAACAGUUUUGUAUUUCGUCGUAAUAUUAAUAUUAUAGUAAUGUUGGUAUGGUCAAAAAUAUUACUGUAACAAGGUCCCAAAUUGUUUAUAUAUUAAACAGUUUUGUAUUUUUGUCGUAAUGACAGCAUUACAAUAAUGUUUUUGAUAUGGUUAAGAAUAUUACUAUGACAAGGUCCCAAAGUGUUCAC